AUGGAUAAUGUAGAUAAUAACAUAAAUGAUGGAAAUUCUCAAAAAGAAGACGAUAACUUAUAUUCUGACUGUGAAGUAACAAUAUACAAAGAUAACAAGAAUAUAAUAGAUGACUCAUCUGUAAAUGUACUAGAUGAUGGUAAUAUUAAGUUGAUAAAAGAUAUUGCAGAGACUGGAACUUUAACUAUUUCAUGGGAACAUUUUAAAUCGACGCUUAUUAGUAAAAUUGUAGAAUCUUGUUAUUGGAUGUAUGAACAAUAUGGAGGUUUGAAUAAUCAAAUGCUGCUAUAUUAUUCAUCAUCUAAUUAUAAUAAACAAGAUAUACACGAUAUCCUCAAAAAUAGCAAUGAGACAAAAGUGGAAAUAAAACAUGGAAGCUCAUGCUAUAACUCUUCAAGUUGCAAUAAAUGCAAUAGAGAAUUUGUAAAAUACUUUAUAAAUGAUAUUAUUAAUACACUUCAGUAUAAUUGCAUAAAGCCCCCUCCUACUUUACAAAGGAUUUGUGAAAUUAUAUGCAAACCUAAUUGCUACAAGAAUACAACGAGCUAUCUCUAUGCUCUAGAUAAGUUAGUAAAUGUUGCCUUACCUACCUUAACUACAUCGAAGAAUAGAAUUUACAAAGAGUACACAGAAGACCAUAUGUCUGAUGAUGAUAGUGAAUGUAAUCAAAGAUAUUUUACUAAAAAAGCUAGAUUUGAGUAA